CUUGCAAAAUGGUAAGAGAAUCCUUCUCUUCUGUAAUGCAAUCUUGCACUCAUGAGCCCACAGAACCAAAAAUCUUGACCCUCUUUGAAGUUUUUCUCAACAUGAUCACAUGGGUUUGCUUACCAUGUGACUUCACAUUGGAAAGCGAUACAUUGAAUGCCGAUUCGUUAGCCCUCUCAGUAUAAAACUCGGGAUAGGCCAAUACGUUCUGCACAACCAAAAAUAGCACUCAAACUCAACAAAAAGCAAGUUUGCUCGUCCAUUGAGAAUUUCUCGGAGUAGAACAAAAUGAUAAGCACAAAGAAGCUGAUUCAAAUGACACGGAAGUGGCAGAAGAUGGCCGCAAUUGGAAGAAAAAGAAUUUCGUUUCAUCGGACGAACAGCAAGUCCGCUUCAGCAAAUGCAAAGAGAUCAUCAGUUGCUCAGAAGGGUCACUUCAUUGUCUAUACAACAGAUGAGAGACGCUUCAUGAUCCCUCUCUCGUUUCUCACCAACGACAUAGUGAGGGAGCUCUUCAGGGUAUCGGAAGAAGAGUUUGGGAUUCCAUGUGAUGGUCCAAUCAUGCUUCUAAUUGAUGCACUAUCUAUGGAGUACAUAAUUUCAUUAAUUAGAAGAGGCUUGGCUAAGGACCAAGAGAAUGCUUUGCUUAUGUCGUUCACCAGGCAAAGCUGCUCAUCAUCCUUAGCUUUCAAUCAAGCAUUAGAAAACCCAGAAAUUCUUGUUUGUAGCUGACAGACGUAACACAUACCAGUGCUUACUAGAUGAAUGAAAGUAGUUUUGCCACAAUGUAUCAGCAGUUUUGAUUUAUUUCUAUUUGGCUUA